AUGGCGCUGAGCUAUGGACUCUUCGUCUGCUUUCUGCUCUGGGGAGGCAUGGAGCUGUGCUACUCCCAGUCCAUAUGGCAGAGAGGGACCCCCCACGUUAUGGUGAAGUGUCUGGAGGCCCAGCUCGUGGUCACUGUCAGCAAAGACCUUUUUGGCACCGGGAAGCUCAUCAGGCCUGCAGACCUCACCCUGGACCCCGAGGACUGUGAGCCCCUUGUCUCUAUGGACACCGAUGAUGCGGUCAGGUUUGAGGCUGGGCUACAUGAGUGUGGAUUUCUGGCAACUAUGACAGAGGAUGCCUUGGUGUACAGCACCUUCCUGCUCCACAACCCCCGCCCUGUUGGAAAUCUGUCCAUCGUGAGGACUAACCGCGUGGAGGUGCCCAUAGAAUGCCGCUUCCCCAGGCAGGGCAAUGUGAGCAGCCAUGCCAUCCUGCCCACCUGGAUGCCCUUCAGGACCACAGUGUUUUCAGAGGAGAAGCUGGUUUUCUCCCUGUACCUGAUGGAGGAGAGCUGGAGCUCUAAGAAGAGGUCCCCCACCUUCCAGCUGGGAGAUAUAGCCCACCUCCAGGCCGAAGUUCACACUAGCAGCAAAAAAAACAGCUGUGGCCUGAAUGCUGUGAAGGUCCGGUGCUGUCCUAGGCUCUGGAUGUGGCGCAGAGAAGCAGAGUCCUUCCCUCAUGGAGCAGGUCAGCAGGUGGAUGAUGAUCGGGCUGUGGAGGAGAAUGGAGCAAGGCUCUGGAUGUGGCGCAGAGAAGCAGAGUCCUUCCCUCAUGGAGCAGGUCAGCAGGUGGAUGAUGAUCGGGCUGUGGAGGAGAAUGGAGCAAGCUGA